AUGACAUCUUCUCAAGGAAGCCCACACGAAGCUUGGAAUGAGGCUCACUGAGGAGACUAUUCAGCAAGGCGGCAGAACAUGCCCUUCGAUGACAUCGUUCACUCGCGUUCGUGUUGAGCUGAUAAUCCUGGCAGAACUCAGCCACUAUGGUGUAAGACUCUGCUCUUUUAUAUACCGAUUCCCACUGUUCUAUCGCAUUUGAUAGCCAGGAAACGAGAGCACUAGUGUCAUCUCUAUCGGGAUUUUCAUUUCCUUGAACUUCUAGAAGACGUUUAAAGACCUGUUGAUAGUACCAUAUUCGUCUGAGGGGAAUCCGCAAUAAAGCAAGACUAGAGAGGUGAUUAUUUGACCUAUCAGAGUCCUUAUUUUCAACACUGCUUGAAAUGUGUUUAUGGUGUAGAGUUGGUAUGCCCGAGACAAAUACCUCGUAGCUUGAGACGAGGUUGUCUUGAAGGGCAGGCCGGUAGAUGUCUGCGAUCCGAGCGACUUCAGCCAAACAUCGCGUAGUUUCGUGAAGCUCUUUUUCGGCAGAUACGAGAUCAGGAGGUGGUGUGUUGGAGCGACGAGAACCUUCUCCAUCGGAAAUUUCAAAAGACGAGGGGUAAAUAGAGGAGCAGGACGUCGAGGAUGAUGCUGUGAGAUUGCAGCCUUCUGCAGGCGGAGUACGAUUUCGGUUGUCCUCAAUCGACGCCGGCAACUCAUUCCUAAAAGAUGAACGCGGCACACCACUCACUGAUGUGGAAGAGUCGGAAAUUUCAUCAUUAUCGUCAUUGGGGUAAUCGCCUUCGUUACAUCCACCGUCUCUUGAUAUGGACUUUGGGGUUUUGCGUUGGCGACCAGCCUUAAUUUGCCUAGCCACGCGUUUGCACCUGAUUCGUUGAGCUUUGUGAACACCCGCAAGAGCAGAUUGAAAGUGUGUUCGAGCGGCAGCCGCGUUCAAAGCGGCCCUCUCCCAUGAAGCCACUCGCGUUAGAGCAGUUUGCAAAAGCGUUGCGUGUUGGGUGUAGAGUGGAGAGAUGAGACGAGUUACCUCAGCAUGCAGACUUUCAUUAUGUUCUGGAUUGUCAUGGUGAGAUUUACGAGGAACCCUAGAACUAGGGUAAAAUGUCAAUGCAGAUGUGAGUUUUUGAACCUUCGAUGCUAGAGAAUCAUAAGUAAUGUCAUUUAAUUUCGACUUGGGUCUGCGUUUCUUUGAUCUCUUUCGAAGUCUCAGUCUCUGUCGCCUUUUCUGAUUAGAAAUCGGUUGGGAAGACUCCAAUUCAUUAUGACUAUUUUCUUGAUUUACUGAAGGCGCCGGCUGAAGUGGUUCUGAUUGGGCUCGUUGACUAAUCAAAGGAGAGGAAAAUGCAUUUCCAGCUGGUGAAGAUGGUCCAGAGAAAAGGGACGUCGCUUCGGUUUUUAUUUCAUCAGCGCACUCGGAAUUAUCCAUUGCAUCAACAUCUCCUCUCCCUUCUUCACAUUCAGGAAGGCCAAUUACAUUUCCCUUUAUCUCCUCCUCCUCCUCCUCAUCAUCAUCAUCGUAGCAGGAGACACCAGUAAUUGCAGAAAUUGCACCUAUGGAAAGAGCCGGUGCUAGACUACAUGGAUCCUCUUCCAUGCGUUCGUCGUUCUCAAAGUCUUCAGGAUGCGCAGAGUAAUUUGAUGUUCUUCGACUUGCAGGUGCACUCUUUGAAGGGUACAUUUGGUAUCCAAACGGUUCAACCUAAAAUGAGCUCAAAAUAA